AUGAGCCCUGAAGCCCUGCAGAGUGUAAAUUUCAGCAGCCCCACUACAUUUCUUCUCUUGGGUUUUUCCAAUGCCUACAAAGCACAAGUAACUCUCUGCCUGGGCUUCUUACUCAUCUAUCUGGUGACUCUGCUGGGGAACCUCCUCAUAAUGACCCUUGGCUGGCUGGAUGGUCACUUGCAUUCCCCCAUGUAUUACUUUCUGGGCCAUCUCUCUUUCCUGGACAUCUGCUACUCCUCUGUCACCCUUCCUAAGAUCCUCAAGGACUCCUUCUCACCACAGAAGACCAUUUCCUUUGUAGGCUGCGUUGCACAGAUCUAUUUCUUCCUUUGCUUUGGAGGCUCUGAGUGCAUGCUCCUGGCUGCCAUGGCCUACGAUCUGUAUCUGGCCAACUGCCACCCCAUCCACUACACAACACUCAUGAACAAGAAGAUUUGCCGCUGCUUAGUGGCUGUUUCGUGGCUGAGUGGCUCAUUAUCCUCUCUAAUCCAAACCUUCCUCACAGCCCACUUAUCCUUCUGUGGAUCCAAUGUGAUUGACCACUUUUUCUGUGAGGUGCCCUUCUUGCUGAAGGCGUCGUGCAGCCCUAACAUUCAACUCAACAAGGCUGUGUCAUAUACUUUGGCUGGGACUAUUGCAAUGGGGUCUUUCAUCCUUAUUCUCAUGUCAUAUGUUCGCAUCAUCCAGGCUGUCCUUCAGAGGAGAGCAGGAAGGCAAAAGGCCUUUGCUACUUGCACCUCCCAUUUGACUGUGGUGUCCCUGUUCUUUGGUGCUGGAGCCAUCACAUACUUGGUGCCUCACUCCAACCACUCCAAGGAGAUGCAUGAAGUCCUUGCCCUGCUUUAUGCUGUUGUAACCCCUAUGCUGAACCCUGUCAUCUACAGCUUGAGAAACAGUAAAGUCAAAGGGGCCAUCAGGAAGGCCCUGCACAGGGGGCUCACAGUGCUGGACAGAGGGCACAGCCAGCAGUUUCUAAUUCUCUCUAAUCAAUGGCUUGCGGGGAAAUGGCGUACCAUCGCCAUCGCUUCUGAUUCUGACUGGAUUGAAGACCUUCGGAAAAAUGGGAGGAUGUCCAUGAGCACUGUAGAACCUCAAAGUACUGGUGAAAUAAUCAUCAAGACAUUUAUCCCUAGCCCUGCAGGAUGCCGGCAGAGGAUGAUGGUCCUGAAAAAGACUACUUAUCCCGGUCAAUACACAAACUCCCAUGGAAUUCUCAAUGAUUGUGGCCUGGUUGACACUGACUAUACCAGUUAUGCCAUCGUCCUCAGCCACCGAGACUACAAUGGACAGAAGAUCUUAGUGCUGUUUCUCUAUGGCAGAAAUACUGAAGUGAAACCCAUCGUGUUAGAGAAAUUCAAUGACACCAUAAAGGAAGUGGGACUUUCCAAGAAUCAGAUGGUCAUGCUGCCCAAAGCCAAGCGCCUGGUCCCUGUGGCCCUCUUUACCAUCAGGAACUGCUAA